AUGAAGAGCAACAAUCUUUUCAUCAGUUACAGUUCAAAAGAUGGUGCGUGGGUCAAUGAAAAUCUGAUUCCCAUUCUCGAUAAACACUCAAUAUCCUACAGCAUUCACACAAGAGAGUUGGGAAAGCCCAUUGUCCAAAACAUGGCAGACAGCGUCUACAGCAGCCGCAAAGUUCUGAUUGUCUUGUCUGACAACUAUUUCGCCAGUAACUUCUGUCGAGAUGAGCUGCACAUGGCCGUCCAGCGGGAGAAAGACGCUGCAGACUCCUCACUGAUUCUGGUGGUGUUCAGUAAGUUAAAGAUGCAGAGG